AUGCCUGAACCAGCAAAGCCCGCGCCCAAGAAGGGCUCAAAGAAAGCCGUCACCAAGAGCGCCGCCAAGAGUGGAAAGAAGCGCAGGAGGUCCAGGAAGGAGAGCUACGCCAUCUACGUGUACAAAGUCCUGAAGCAGGUUCAUCCCGACACCGGCAUUUCUUCAAAGGCGAUGGGCAUCAUGAACUCUUUUGUCAACGACAUCUUUGAGCGCAUCGCCGGUGAGUCUUCUCGUCUCGCUCACUACAACAAGCGCUCCACCAUCACCUCGAGAGAGAUCCAGACCGCCGUGCGUCUCCUGCUGCCCGGUGAACUCGCCAAACACGCCGUGUCUGAGGGAACAAAGGCCGUCACCAAAUACACGAGCUCCAAGUAAAGCCGAGAGUACCCAAUCUGA